UUGGGCUACCUCACUUUAUAAGCUCUCCCAGGGACAACCAAGAAAAAGCAAAUCAGUAGAAGAAGAAAAAAAAAAGUUCUCAGAUUUCCAAAAAAAAAAAGCUUCGAAGGAGGAAAAUGGCGGAUCAGCUGACCGAUGACCAGAUCUCAGAGUUCAAGGAAGCUUUCAGCCUCUUCGACAAGGAUGGCGAUGGUUGCAUCACCACCAAGGAGCUCGGAACCGUGAUGAGGUCUCUGGGGCAAAACCCGACAGAAGCCGAGCUGCAAGACAUGAUCAACGAAGUUGACGCUGACGGGAACGGGACCAUUGACUUCCCUGAGUUCCUGAACCUGAUGGCGAGGAAGAUGAAGGACACUGACUCGGAGGAAGAGCUCAAGGAAGCGUUCAGGGUGUUUGAUAAGGACCAGAACGGUUUCAUCUCCGCGGCUGAGCUUCGACAUGUGAUGACUAACCUUGGGGAGAAGCUGACCGAUGAGGAAGUUGAUGAGAUGAUCCGUGAGGCUGAUGUUGAUGGCGAUGGGCAGAUCAACUACGAUGAGUUCGUUAAAGUCAUGAUGGCUAAGUGAUCUCAUCCUAUUCAUAAAAAGAGAACGAUUUAUGAUGAUGUCUUGACAGUGAAUGGUUGCGACAUGUUUCGUCUGUUAUUUGUCUUUUGUCUUUGCUUUUGGUUAGUGUUAUGUGAAGUAUGAACUCAUGGUUUGCAUAUCCUUUGACAAUUUGAUAUUCUCUCGUUUUUUUUAUUAUUGUUUGUUUUCGUCUCUGUUAUUUCUCUUCAGUGAAUGCGUUUUCUUGCC